GUCACGCACACUAAAUGUCAUUUCCUCACCUCGGUAUAUAUUAUCAUUGGGCGAUGGGUAUGAAUCAGAGUCAUGAUUUUUGUGAAGAGAAGGCAACAUAACAAGAAUCAAAAAUGCAGCCAGAAAACGACACAUCGGGGACUACAGCCGCAUCGAGCCAUUUGCAGUUUCUGAGCAAUAUAGCACACGGAAGUUUCGGAUUGGCCAAGUAUGCUUACCACAAAACGGGCGAUGCCUCCAACUAUGUAGUUAAUGGAAUAAAGGACAGUUCGCAUACAGCCCAGGUAGUCGAUGCGAGUAAAAAUGUAUACAGCACAGCCAAAGACUACCAUCGCAAAAUCUGCGAGAGCCCAAUCACCGAACAGACCCUCCAGUGGACAGGAUCGGCCUUACGUUAUAUGGCCGGAGCCACUUACAACACUGGCCUGCAGGCUUAUCAGAUAGUAUCUACCAACCCAAUUACGGGCCCGGUACUUCGAUUUACCGGCGCUGGAAUUGGUUCCGCCAUCACACUGAACUUAAUGGCCACAUCGGUGGCGAGCCGUGCCGGGAGAGAACUAGUAAGGGCAUCGUGUAUUCGCAACUCCUUGUGGAUAUUCAACAAGCUGCAUUUACCGAACACGCUGAGGGCAUCGGCCGUUUUCGCAGGAGUUAGCACUCAGAACUACAUCGCUUCUGGGGUGAUUCCUGGUUUGUUCACAGCAUGGGCGAUCUAUGAUGGGUACCGUGUCGCUCGGUAUUGUUACGAUGCGUACCAGGACAAGGAACGGGAACGGUCGCAGCAAGCUGAGCGAUUGAACGAGGCUGUCCAGAUGUUGUUUGACUUUCCAGAGGAUUUGGCAGCCCAGCAAAUCAAGACCAACAAUUCAAAAGGCCUCAAGUCCAAAUUGUAAACAAAUCAGGUUUUUGCUGAUUUUAGUGUAUAAGAGCCUAUUCUUACUGAAACAUACAAUAGCCAUACAAAAAUAUGCAUGAAAGUUGAAAAAACUACAUUUUUCUAAAAGGCCCCAUCUCAUUUUCCGCUAAUCAGGUUAUUUAUCGCAAAUGCGGCCUUUUCCUAAAGAGGCCUCAUUUCUAAAUUCGACUGAAACCGAGUUGAGGCCUAUUAAAAAAAACUUCAAAAUUGCAAUUUAGAAAACGAAAAACGGUUCAAUUUACUAAGUAGUAGUAAGUUAUGCUACGGAGCGAUUACGCUUUGUAUUAUUUUACACAGCGCUUGUCGCAAUGGUGAACAUGAUCAAAUUUUCCGUCGGG